AUUCCCAAAGUAUGACAAUCGAUCGCAGUUUUAGUCAGAAUGACUAGUCUAAUUGUAUUGUCGUGUGUUCUGGCAUUUGUUAAUGCUGUAAUAGCAGGAAAUCAUGAAAUAUAUUCCGGCUAUUCAGUUCAUGGCGUUCGUCUUCGUGAUCAAGCAGACCAGAUAGUCCUUCACAAACUCGAAGAAGAUUUAAAUGUAGAUUUAUGGAACCAUGGCGCUCCAGGACUUCGAGAUGCAUUGGUUAUGGUCUCACCGGAAAAUAAACGAGAAUUUUUGGCCAUAUUAGACCAAAAUGGCUUGAAUCACUACCUGCAUCUUGAUGAUGUAGCCUCAUCUCUCAAAGAAUACGACACACAAGUAUCUAGUUGGAAGCUGAGUAGGACUAAUAGGAUGCCGUUUUUAGACUACCCGAGAUAUGCUGAGGUUGAUGCGUAUAUGGAAAGAAUAGCUAGAGAAUAUCCGGAUUUAGUGACAUAUUCGGUCUACUCCGUUAAGCUUCGUGAUCGAUCAGACCAGCUGGUUCUUUUAAACCUGCAAGUAGAAUUAAACGUUGAUUUAUGGGACCAUGGCGCACCAGAUCUCCGUAACGCAUUGGUCAUGGUGUCACCUGAGAAUAAGCUAAAAUUCUUGGACACAUUAGAAGAAAAUAGUAUAAACCACCAACUCCAUCUUACUGAUGUGGCCCUAUUUCUCAAAGCGUACGACACACAUGUAACUAGUUGGAAACAAAGUAGGACUAAUAGGAUGCCGUUUGAAGACUACCCGAGAUAUGCAGAGGUUGACGCGUAUAUGGAGAGAUUAGCUCAAGAAUAUCCAAGCUUAGUGACGCUGGUGAAUGCGGGAGCCAGCUUCGAAGGUCGCGCUAUCAAGUAUUUAAAGAUAUCAACUACAAACUUUUCCAACACUAGCAAACCGAUUUACUUCCUCGAUGCAACGCUGCACGCGCGAGAGUGGGUGACAGUUCCUGUCGCUUUGUACUCUAUCCACCGUCUAGUAGAGAAUCUGAGAGAUCAGGAUCGAGACCUCCUAGAAAACGUUGACUGGAUCGUGUUGCCUAUCGCCAAUCCUGAUGGUUAUGAAUACAGCCACACUGAUGACCGUCUUUGGCGCCGUACUCGGUCGUACAACGCAGAAGUCAGCACAGAAUGUUGGGGCGUCGACGCGAACAGAAACUUCGACGUUAACUUCAACACCAUUGGCGUUUCAUCUGAUCCUUGCUCCAACGUGUAUCCAGGCCACGUCGCAUUCUCUGAACCAGAGACACGAUACGUCAGAGACAUUCUUCUGGAAAAUAUAGACCGCUUGCAAUUGUAUCUGAAUAUUCACAGUCAUGGAAACUAUCUUCUAUUCGGAUUUGGUAACACAACUCUACCUGCCAAUGUUGCUCAGUUACAUCAUGUUGCAGCUGCGAUGGGAGCAGCUAUUGAUGUAAAGAAACUGCCCAUUGCUCCUUAUUAUUUAAUUGGAAACAGUAAUCUAGUUCUGUACGGGAGCUCGGGAAGUGCUCAGGAUUACGGACAGGAAGUAGGCGUACCAUUUUCCUAUACUCUGGAGUUACCUGGUUACGGGUAUAGUUUCGUUGUUCCACCUCAAUAUAUUGAUCAAAUAAACACGGAAACCUGGGAAGGCAUCGCUUUGUCAGCUCGCCUCGCAAGCUUGUAUUAUAGAGCGAGAAAUCGUUUUUGAUACUUGAGGAAUACAAGAAGCAGAAUAAACCUUAGUGUUCCUUUAG